AUGCCUGGCAAAAUAGAACUCGCGCAGCCUUUGAAGACGUACCUACUCGGGUACCCUCUCCAGCAUUCCCUCGCUCCUCUUUUACACUCGACCAUCUACAAGGAAGCCAAUGUGCCCUGGACAUACCAAAUUGUCGAGACACAAGACAAGGAUGGAUUCAUCCCCACGCUCAAGUCCGACGACUGCAUUGGGUCUGCGGUCACAAUGCCGUUCAAGGUCACCUUCAUGAAGGAGUGUGACGAGGUGACUGAAGAGGGGCGGGCAAUCGGCGCUAUCAACACUGUUUUCAUUAGGAGAGAUCCAGCGACGGGUUGCAAGAAAUACAUUGGAACCAACACGGAUUGCGUUGGCGUCCGAGAAGCCUUUGUCCAAAAUUUCCCCAACAUCCUGGAGCUGAGUACAGGCAAGCCCGCCCUCGUCAUCGGCGGCGGUGGCGCGUGCCGCAGCGCGGUGUAUGCCUUGUACAAGUGGCUCGGUGCAUCCGAAAUCUACUUGGUAAACCGUAUCAAGGAGGAAGUCGACGACAUCAUAGCCUCAUUUGCCGCAAUCCCUGGAGGCGGUCCCAAGCUACGGCAUGUUUCGGCGAUCGAAGAGAUCGUGGCGCGCGAUAUCUCGGUCGAGUUCCUCAAGAAGAGCCAAAAGGGCUAUGUGCUAGAGAUGUGCUAUCAUCCCAACAUUGUUACAGAGUUUUACAAGACGGCGGAGGAUAACGGCUGGCAGGUUAUCCCCGGAACGGAGUCUAUGAUUUACCAGGGUAUUGCCCAGCAGGUUCUUUGGAUGGAGAAGCCUUCCGACCAGAUUCCAUCCGAGGCUAUGGUGCCUAAAGGACUCCCGUGUUGCAUCACGGAUCGCGACGCUUGUGUGUGUAAACGCCCCCGGGUUGAUGACAAUAGCUCCGAUGUUGGCCCUUGCCUCAUGGAUUCGGUCGAUUAUAGCACCCUCGUGGUUGGAUUGGAAGGUGUGAAGCUCCGCGCCGAGCGUUGCGGCAUGUUGUUUCGCUUCCUCUUCGAGUUGGGGGAGCGUCGUGUGGCCGUAGAUAUGAGGUUCCCUGAGACCUAA